AUGGCCACCAACUCGACCUUGAGUCCCGAGUACCUGGCCGAGUCCAAGACGCAGCUGGUGACCACCAUGUAUGCCGUUCCCAUUGCCCUCGAGACGGUCAGCACGGCAUGGAGGCUGUGGGCGGCGGCGACGGCGCAGUCGGGGUUUGCGUAUGCCGACUAUCUGAUGCUCUUUGCGACGCUCGUUGCCAUUGCCGAGUGUGUGACUGGACUGGUAUACGGACCCCCGUUUGGACUUGGCCGCCAUGUAGAAGCCGUCCCCAAGCACAACGUGCAAAUGUUUCUCAAGGGCGACUACAUCUUCAGCCACUUCUACGACAUCGCCAUCGCCUCCACCAAGCUCUCCAUCCUGGCCCUCUACCACCGCAUCUUCGUCACCCGCCCGUUCCGCCUCGUCGUCGUCGCCACCGCCUGCUUCGUCUGCGCCUGGCUCGUCGUCAUGGAGGUCGUCCUGGGCUUCGGCUGCCGGCCCAUCCAGGCCUGGUGGGACGAGACGCGCGGGACGUGCAUCGACAAGGAGGCCUUUACCUACUUUACCAACGUGACCAACAUGGUGACGGACCUGUGGAUCUUCAUGAUGCCGAUCCCCGUCAUUCUGGGCCUGCAGGCGGCCCAGGAGAAGAGGCUGAUCUUGUGCUUCAUGUUUGGGGUCGGGCUGGCGACGUGUGCCAUCAGCGCGGCGAGGCUGUCGUUUGUGUUUGGGGUUGCGUCUGCUGAUUUCACGUGGGACGAAGCCUCGUUCGGCAUCCUCUCCGCCUGGGAGCCCUGCGGCGCCAUCCUCUGCGCGAACCUGCCCCCUAUAUACCGCCACCUCGUCGUCAUCCGGGACACGCUCCGUGCCGGCGUCCGCUCCGUGGUCACGCACUCGCACUCGCACCCGCGCAGCGCCGCCACGGAGGAGGUCAACGGCUCCGACCGGGGAAGAGGUGGCUACAAGGGCAGCCUGCAGCACCACGACUGGGCCAAGCUGAACCGCAGCGACGGGCUGACGGGCGAGACAACGAGCAGGACGGUGACGGAGGUGUGCGCGCAAAAGGGGCCGGGGCUGGCGGUCGAUCUGGAGGAGCUCCAGGGGGGCGGGAUCAUGGUGCAGAGGGCGUUUACGCAGCAUAGUCGAGCUGCAACAAGCUCACUUGCAGACGAAAUCCAGAUUGAACUUGCAUAG